CACCACCACAACGGUGCAUGCGAAUUUGACAAGCCACUACCUGCCUCAUUGUGCCAGUUACCGAAACGAUAGAACUUGGCCAGUGCCGUUGUCGCAUCAUGUCUCUUCUAGCCUACAAUGUUCACGUCGAUUAUGAGGCGCAAUUGGAGGGCUUCAAAGACUUCCUGAAACAUUUCAAGAGCUUUGAAUCGGCGUCCGAAUCUGCCGCGACCGAAGCGAUUGAAGAUCUCAACCUUGAGGAGGAUGGCACAAGCGACGAAUAUGAUUUCAUGGAUGAUGUCGAGGAUGGCGCACAGCGGCCUGGCCGCAGACGACGAGAGCCGAAGCUCAAAUAUAUGCAGCUGUUGCAGGAUGUUGCUGACCGGGAGCGCACGAAUAUUCUGAUUGAACUGGACGACUUGGCUACUUAUGAAAAAUCUCUCCCUGAUGAUACAGACCUGCGUCUGGUAGAAAGUGUACAAAAGAACACUCACCACUAUAUCGAGCUUUUCUCACGAGCAAUUGACAACCUCAUGCCGAAGGAAAGCAGGGACAUUACUUUCAAGGACGAUGUGCUCGAUGUGAUCAUGUCGCAGCGUGAAAAGCGGAAUGAAGCCAUGCUCAUGGCGGCAGAGGCCAAUGCAGACGCAGAGGCUGCCGACUCAAUCUUCCCCCCUGAAUUGACCCGUCGUUAUACGGUCAACUUCAAGCCAGUCACGCCCUCCGGAUCGAGCACUGAUCGCCAAUCCAAAGCUAUUGCAGUGCGGAAUGUGCGAGCAGAACAUAUUGGUAGCCUGAUUACAGUCCGCGGUAUAACGACCCGUGUCUCAGACGUCAAGCCUGCUGUGGAGAUCAACGCUUAUACUUGCGACCGCUGCGGAAGUGAAGUGUUCCAGCCAGUCACCACCAAGCAAUUCCUUCCCAUGACAGAAUGCAAGUCGUCUGAAUGCCAAACAAAUCAGUCAAAGGGCCAGCUCUUUCUUUCCACACGUGCCUCGAAAUUCGUUCCAUUCCAAGAAGUCAAGAUCCAAGAGAUGGCAGAUCAGGUGCCUGUGGGCCACAUUCCGCGUACAAUGACCGUCCACUGUCAUGGAAGCCUUACUCGCCAGCUGAACCCUGGAGAUGUUGUUGAUAUUGCGGGUAUCUUUCUUCCGAUCCCCUACACUGGGUUCAGGGCCAUCCGUGCCGGUCUGUUGACCGAUACCUACUUGGAAGCACAACAUAUCACGCAACACAAGAAGUCCUACCAAGACACGGCCAUGGAUAGUCGCACCCUUCGCAAGAUUGAGCAGCAUCAGAAGUCUGGCAACAUGUACGAAUACUUGUCGCGAUCUAUCGCACCGGAGAUCUACGGUCAUCUUGACGUCAAGAAGGCACUGCUAUUGCUACUCAUUGGUGGUGUGACAAAAGAGAUGGGCGACGGCAUGCAUAUUCGUGGCGACAUCAACAUUUGCCUGAUGGGUGACCCUGGUGUUGCCAAGUCUCAAUUGCUGAAAUACAUUGCUAAGGUUGCUCCGAGAGGUGUCUAUACCACCGGUCGUGGUAGCAGUGGUGUUGGUCUUACGGCUGCGGUCAUGAGAGAUCCUGUAACCGACGAAAUGGUCCUGGAGGGAGGAGCACUGGUCCUUGCCGACAAUGGUAUUUGCUGCAUUGAUGAGUUCGAUAAGAUGGACGACUCAGACCGGACUGCUAUUCACGAAGUUAUGGAACAACAGACUAUCUCCAUCUCCAAGGCAGGAAUCACAACCACACUCAAUGCCCGAACAUCUAUCCUUGCCGCAGCUAACCCGCUUUAUGGCCGAUACAACCCACGGGUGUCUCCCGUUGAGAACAUCAAUCUGCCAGCUGCACUGCUCUCUCGUUUUGAUGUGAUGUUCUUGAUCCUUGAUACCCCUUCACCGGAUGCAGACGAAGAACUUGCAAACCAUGUCACAUAUGUCCAUAUGCACAACAAGCACCCCGAAACUGAGGAUGCAGGUGUCAUGUUUACCCCCCAUGAAGUCCGUCAGUACAUUGCCAAGGCACGGACCUACCGGCCUGUGGUGCCAUCUUCUGUCUCCGACUACAUGGUUGGCGCGUACGUGAGAUUGAGGAAACAGCAGAAGAAGGACGAAGACGAGCGGAAGCAAUUCUCCCAUGUCACCCCCCGUACCCUUUUGGGUGUUGUGCGGCUUUCGCAGGCUCUAGCUCGUUUGCGUUUUAGCGACGACGUCGUUAUUGAGGAUGUCGACGAGGCGCUGCGUCUGAUCCAGGUCAGCAAGGACUCCUUGUCCAAGGAUGGUCAAUCUGGUUUGGACCAGAGUCCCAGCAGCAAGAUUUAUCACCUUAUCCGCAGUAUGUGGGAAAGUGGUGCUGCGGCAAUCGGCGAUGGUGAGGAGGGUGAACUCAGCAUGAGACGUAUUCGCGAGCGGGUGCUUGCCAAGGGCUUCACUGAGGAUCAGCUCGAAAUGGCUGUGGCCGAGUAUGAAAACUACAAUGUCUGGCAAGUUCUGGGUGGCGGCAGCCGUCUGCUUUUCGUCGAUGCCACGGAUGCUUGAGCGAUGCAGCAGAAGAGGUGAUACGGUUGAAACAAGUUGGGAAAGUUUUUCGGGACUCGAUUCUGCUGCAAUCUGCUUUUGGUUGGUCAAUUCUUGCGUGUAUGGGAGAUAUGCUGUGCUUGAGGGUUGGUGGCUAGAAACUGGAUUGGUGUUUUUGGCGUACAAGACUAUGUUCCGAAAAUGUUGGGUUACCCAUAAAUAAUAGUUGAGCAAUCUACGAUGAGGC